AUGUCGGACUUCGACGAGUUCGAGCGGCAGCUCAACGAGAAUAAGCAAGAACGGGACAAGGAGAACCGGCACCGCAAGCGCAGCCACAGCCGCUCUCGGAGCCGGGACCGCAAGCGCCGCAGCCGCAGCCGGGACCGCCGCCACCGCGACCAGCGCAGCGCCUCCCGGGACAGACGGCGGCGGAGCAAACCUUUGACCAGAGGCGCUAAAGAGGAGCACGGUGGACUGAUUCGCUCCCCCCGCCAUGAGAAGAAGAAGAAGGUCCGCAAGUACUGGGACGUGCCGCCUCCCGGCUUCGAGCACAUCACCCCGAUGCAGUACAAGGCCAUGCAAGCUGCGGGUCAGAUUCCAGCCACCGCCCUUCUCCCCACCAUGACCCCCGAUGGGUUGGCCGUGACCCCGACGCCGGUGCCCGUAGUCGGGAGCCAGAUGACGAGGCAGGCCCGGCGCCUCUACGUGGGCAACAUACCGUUCGGCAUCACUGAGGAGGCCAUGAUGGAUUUCUUCAACGCCCAGAUGCGCUUAGGGGGGCUGACCCAGGCCCCUGGUAACCCAGUCUUGGCUGUGCAGAUUAAUCAGGACAAGAAUUUUGCCUUUUUGGAGUUCCGCUCAGUGGACGAGACUACCCAGGCCAUGGCCUUCGACGGCAUCAUCUUUCAGGGCCAGUCUCUGAAGAUCCGCAGGCCUCAUGACUACCAGCCGCUGCCUGGCAUGUCGGAGAAUCCCUCUGUCUAUGUGCCUGGGGUUGUGUCUACCGUGGUCCCUGACUCUGCCCACAAGCUGUUCAUUGGGGGCCUGCCCAACUACCUGAAUGACGACCAGGUGAAGGAGCUGCUGACGUCGUUCGGGCCUCUCAAGGCCUUCAACCUGGUGAAGGACAGUGCCACAGGGCUCUCCAAGGGCUACGCCUUCUGUGAGUACGUGGACAUCAACGUCACAGACCAGGCCAUUGCGGGGCUGAACGGCAUGCAGCUGGGGGACAAGAAGCUGCUGGUCCAGAGGGCGAGUGUGGGAGCCAAGAAUGCCACGCUGGUGAGCCCCCCGAGCACCAUCAACCAGACGCCCGUGACGCUGCAAGUGCCGGGCCUGAUGAGCUCCCAGGUGCAGAUGGGCGGCCACCCGACCGAGGUGCUGUGCCUCAUGAACAUGGUGCUGCCCGAGGAGCUGCUGGACGAUGAGGAGUACGAGGAGAUCGUGGAGGACGUGCGGGACGAGUGCAGCAAGUAUGGGCUGGUCAAGUCCAUCGAGAUCCCUCGGCCCGUGGACGGCGUCGAGGUGCCCGGCUGCGGAAAGAUCUUCGUGGAGUUCACCUCUGUGUUUGACUGCCAGAAAGCUAUGCAGGGUCUGACGGGCCGCAAGUUCGCCAACAGAGUGGUCGUCACGAAGUACUGUGACCCCGACUCUUACCACCGCCGGGACUUCUGGUAGAGGCGGCCUGGGGAAGGUGGAGGCGGGGCUGGCUGGGGGCUGUUCCCCUCCCGCCCCCACCUUUUCCC